AUGGCACAUUCCAACACAACCCACUUCACCAACCCCUCCACCUUCAUCCUGCUGGGCAUCCCUGGUCUAGAGGAGGCCCAUGUCUGGAUCUCCAUCCCCUUCUGCACCAUGUAUGUCAUAGUAAUCUUGGGGAACUUCAUCAUCCUGAUCAUUGUGAAGAGGGAGUCGAGCCUCCAUGAGCCCAUGUACUAUUUUCUCUGCAUGCUGGGCAUCUCCGACCUCAUCCUAACUACGUCUGAUCUGGGAUUUUUGUGGCCAUGGCGUUGGAUCGCUACGUGGCCAUCUGCCCUGACAUCCCCGGUGGUGGCCAAGAUCGGCCUGGCUGUGCUGCUGCGCAGUGGCCUGCUCGAGUUACCCCUCCCCUUACUGGCCAGGCAGUGGCCAUAUUGCAGAACCAACAUCAUCCCCCAGCCGUACUGUCUGCACAUCACCGUGGUGAGCCUGGCCUGCGCCGACAUUCGUGUCAGUAGCUACUACGCCCUCGCUGUGACAUUGUGUGGGAUAGGUCUGGAUGCGUUAUUUAUCGCCAUAUCCUAUAUCCAUGUCCUCAGGGCCAUCUUCAAACUCCCCACAAAGGAUGCCCGGCUCAAGACAUUUGGAACCUGCAGCUCCCACCUGUGCGCCAUCCUCGCCUUUUACAUCCCUAAUCUGUUCAUCAUCCUCAUAGCCCGGCUUGGCCAGAUUUUGCCCCUGCACUUCCACAUUCUUUUUGCCAACUUGUGUUUUUUGAUGUCACCUACGCUCAACCCCAUCAUCUACGGGGUGAGGACCAAACGGAUCCGGGCCAGGCUGCUCUCCCUCUUUACUCAAAAAGGGAUCUAA